AUGCAUCAGACGCAUUCUCGUCCUAUCGGACCACGUACCCUUCCUCGGCCACAAUCGCCACUACCACCGCUCAUCCUAACAGAGACUCGUCCAUUGGCAAUUCGCAAAAUAUCUCAUGAUCAGCCAGCUUUACACCCUUCAUCUGCUUCAUCAUCUCCCCCAUUGGGCUCUUCUCCAGGUCCAUCGCGUCCUCAGAUUCCUGGAGCUCUCAGUUCAGGCCCGAGGCCUAACCAAAGACCUAAGCUUCAUCUACCACUCGCACUGGAUGGUGGUACCAGCAGUGCAGGUUAUUAUGAAGGUCCUGCACACAUUCCACCUGGAUUGGAUGGUGAGAACCCAGGCGGCGUAACAGUUCGGCCUUACUUGACUUUGCAAACACCACGUCCUCCCGAGCCUAUCGACAGUAGCGAUAACAGCAUUGCUCAGCUAAUUGCUGUACUUGAUAGGACCACCAUCGAGUCCUACACCUAUACACCUACGGAAGAGACAUCAACCAAUUAUAGUUCUAAUAAAUGGUCGGACGGUGUUUUAGAAGUCCUCUCACGACUUGGCGAAGGUCAGGGUGGAGCUGUCCAUAAAGUCAGAGAUCGGCGUAACAACUUCAUCUUGGCCCGCAAGACAAUUACUACUCGUGAGGCGCCUUUAAGACAGCUCGAACGCGAGUUGUCAAUCUCUGCGACGUCCAAACACCACAACAUAAUUUGUUUUUAUGGCGCCUAUAUGUCACCAUCGUCUAGUGAAGUCAAAGUCAUGAUGGAAUAUUGCGCUGGCCGCAGCUUGGAAGCCGUUGGAAAGCGAAUCAAAGAAAAGAAUGCGCGUAUCAGCGAAAAAGUCGCUGGACGUAUAGCCGAAGGGGUUUUGCAAGGCCUGAGUUAUCUUCAUUCACUCAAAACCAUCCAUCGGGACAUCAAACCAUCCAAUAUCCUGCUAACUGGGGAAGGUGUCGUUCGUCUUUGUGAUUUCGGUGUCUCCGGAGAGCUUGUCCGCUCUAUGGCCGGAACCUUCACUGGCACUAGUUUCUACAUGGCUCCGGAGCGCAUCAGCGGAAAGGAAUAUAGCAUCCGAGCUGACGUGUGGUCCACUGGAAUCACUCUUUUGGAACUUGUACAGAAUCGAUACCCAUUUCCCGAAGACCUUACUUCCAUUGAACUGAUUGUCUAUAUUACCCAGGGACAGCCACCUCAACUGACCGAUGAGGAAGGUGACAACAUUGUAUGGAGCGAUGAGAUGAAAGACUUUAUUCGACAGACUUUGAUUAUUGACCAUCAAAGUCGCCCUACACCGGGAGGAAUGUUGUCUCAUCCUUGGAUCACCACCAUCAUGAAGCGAGAGGUGCCUAUGGCUCGCUGGAUCAGUCAAGUUUGGGACUGGCCUAAACCAUCUAGAGAAACGUAA